AUGGCGAGGGGAGCGCGAGGCCCACUGCGCGCGGUGGCGCUCCUGUGCGCGCUCCAAGCGCUCGGCCUGGCCCAGCACUGCGGGCCGGGCCGCACCUCGCGGGGCUCCGGGACCAACACGCGCUGCUGCCGCUCUUGCACCCCGGGCACAGUUGUCCCCACAGUCCCGGAGACCUGCCCCGAGGUGAACUGCACUUGUGCCACCCCGGAGUUCCACUGCGGGGACCCCGACUGCCUCAGCUGCGUACACCACCCCUGUCCCCCAGGCCAGGGGGUGCGGCCUCACGGAAGUUUCAGCUUCAGCUUCGACUGUGCCGACUGUGUGUCCGGAACCUUCUCAGGGGGCCGUGAGGGCCGCUGCAGGCCGUGGGCAGACUGCUCCCAGUUCGGUUUCUCCACGGUGUUCCCGGGGAACAGCACCCACAACGCCUUGUGCCUCCCGGGUCCCUCACCACUGGCCCGGCCCGAUGGGCUGUGCGUGGCUGUCCUGGCCAUGGGUGCCUGCGUCCUGGUCCUGCUUGGGGCCCAGCUGAUCCUGCACCUGUGGCAGCUGAGGAGGAGGCAGCCGCGGCUCCCAGACACCCCGCUGCUCCAGGACGCCGCUGUGGGCCACGGGCCCCCGGCCGAGGAUACAUGCAGCUGCCAGUUCCCCCAGGAGGAGUGGGGGGAGCCGCGGCCGGAGGACAAGGGGCAGCUGCACAACCUGUGGGUGUGAGUGGCCCGACCUCACCACGCCUCGGCCUCACACUCCAGUGGGCCGAUCCAGCUCCCCU